CCCUCUUUGAUGAAAAAUUAUCCUCUUCCAAUGAUAGAAGAUCUGUUUGAUCGACUCCAGGGUGCUCAGUGGUUUAGCGUGUUGGAUCUGGCACAAGGGUACCACCAACUGCGCAUCACUGAGGAAAAUGUUCCCAGGACAGCAUGUCGUUCGUUGUUUGGCCAUUUUCAAUGGCACUUGCUGAGUUUUGGCUUGACCAAUGCUCCGGCCUCUUUUCAAAAGGCCAUGAACGAUGUGUUUUGCGAAGCUAUCGGGCACUUCGUUCUGGUUUACCUUGAUGACAUCUUAGUUUAUUGCAAGAUAGAAGAGGACCACACUCAACACCUAAAAUGGGUGUUAGGGAAGUUGCGAGAACACAAGUUCCAUGCUCGUUCAUGGAAAUGCCAUUUGAUGCAUGCGCACGCAACAAGUCUGACACGAAUAAGCCCAAAUGAGGCGACCGACAUCAACAAACUCUGCGCCCCGGUCCCGGAUGACUUGGCGAAAAUCAUUCGAGAAUAUCCUAAGAUCUUCCCGGACGACUUGCCAAGUGGACUGCCACCCGAACGACCCCAGGACCACAAAAUCGAGCUGGAGCCCGGCGCGCAACCUACUGUACGCACACAAUGGCGCCUGACUCAGCCGGAGCUACAGGAGUUUCGAAACCAGUUGGACUACCUGUUGGCGAAAGGGUUCAUUCGGCCAAGCACGUCCCCGUUCGCAGCACCGAUCCUGUUCACGCCAAAAAAGGACGGCGGCCUUCGCAUGUGUACGGAUUAUCGUGCCCUUAAUCGGGUAACGAUUAAAUCGCGCUACCCAAUCCCACGAACGGACGAACUGAUCGACAACCUUCGCGGAGCUCGCUACUUUUCGAAGAUCGACCUUUGUGGCGGUUACCAUCAAAUUCGAGUGUUCGCUGACGACUGCCACAAGACCGCGUUUCGUACUCGCUAUGGGAGUUACGAAUACACGGUGAUGCCGUUUGGAUUAACGAACGCCCCCUCGAUGUUUCAACUCACCAUGAAUGGGGUAUUCCGCGAUCUACUCGACAAAUGCGUAAUAAUUUACCUGGACGACAUCCUGAUCUAUAGCAAGACCCGGGAGCAGCAUUUAAAAGAUUUGGAAGCAGUUUUUCAGCGGUUGCAGCAGCAUCGUCUCAUCACCAAGGGCUCCAAGUGCGAGUUUUUAAAACAAGAACUAGAGUUCCUGGGGCAUGUGAUCUCCACGGAGGGGAUUCGAAUAGACCCGAAAAAACUCCGGGCUAUUCAGGAGUGGAACCCGCCAACAAAUCUGCAGCAGCUGCAAUCAUUUUUGGGGUUCGUCAAUUAUGUGCGAAGGUUUAUACCCAACAUGGCGGGGUUAACUGGACCUCUAACGGACCUACUGCAGAAGGGGACUUUUUACGAGUGGGGGGAGAAGCAGCAAGCUGCGUUCGUGACAUUAAAAACUCUUUUAAUGUCGCCACCGGUACUUCGCAUCGCUGACCCGGAACGGCCCUUCGAAGUCAUCACCGACGCAAGUGACAUCGCCAUCGGAGCAGUGCUCAUGCAGGAUUUCGGCAACGGGCUUCAACCAAUCGCGUACGAGUCUCGGAAAAUGCAAUCUGUUGAGCGCAACUACCCAGUACACGACAAGGAGAUGCUGGCGAUCGUCCACGCGUUCAAAAUCUGGAGGUGUUACCUGACUGGAGCAGACGUGACGGUGCGAACCGAUCACAAAUCACUACAGUGCCUGAGGGCGCAGCCGAAUCUCAACCCGCGGCAGAUACGCUGGCUGGACUAUCUGGAGUCGAACUUCACGUACAAGAUCACGUACAAGAUCAUGUACAAAAAGGGCACCAACAAUAUUGCCGACGCCCUUUCCAGACCAUCUGCCCAACUCGCAGCACUGCACCGGAGCCCACAGAGCCGCGCCAGGGCGCGCCCCUUGCCAGUGACCGCUCCGCCUGUCGUGGGACGACUGCACCUUGGAGCCACCUCAACUGCCAUGGGAAGAUCCCUCUUCGUGCCACGCGUGCCAUGGGGCUGCCAUGAAUGAUGAUGACGUCAUGGGUGAUGAUGCGGGUGCAGUAGCACGCAGAGGGGAGAGAGGUAGGAGAGCAGUUUUCAGUGGAGGGGUGGAGCACGUUGACCCUC